UUAGAGACUAAUCCCUAUAGUCAGGAGCAGCAAGAAAAGAUGGCCGCCUUAGUCAGAGAGAACAGGGAGAGGAAAGAGCGUGAGAAGCAAGCGAAGCUAAAGGCUAUCGCAGACGAACAGGCGGCGAAGAUGAAGAGAUUGGAGGAGGAGAUGAAGAAAGUACAACAAGAGGAAGAAGAAAGAAGAAAAGUUGCUGAAGCAGAAGCGGCAGCAGAAGAAGAGAAAGAGAGGAUGAGGAUUGAGAGUGGAGAAGGGAGUAGUGCUGGCUCGAUGACGAGGGAGACAGAUACAGGGCUGGAGAAGAGGAUCAGCGAGUGGGUCGCUAAUUUAUCGUUGGGAGAAGACGAGGAGGCGGAGUCCUAUGUGACUAAGGAUGAGAAGGUUGCGCUGGCCGCUGAGCUAGCAGCCAUGACAGACCCGAUGGAACGAAGAGAGAGGGAAGACGAGCAAAAGUUAGCAUGGAAGUUGAGAAUGAAGAGGGAGAAGAAGAGGAGGAGAGAGGAAGUGAAUAAGAUGACCGCAGCAGUGGCAAAGGUGCAGGAGUGUAGAGCGGAGGUGCUGGCCCAACCAGACGAUAAGGCCAAGUCGGACAAAGUACUGGGGUACCUGGAGGUGUUGAGCAAGGCCUGGAUGGAGGAGAACCAGGCAAGCUGGAGCCAGGAUGUAGCGUUGAGUGCCAUGCGGUCAGGGUUUAGAGAUUUUGCGCGCGAGAUCGUCACCCAUAUUGGGGGCGAAGUGAAGCAAUUGAGAGAUAAUGUAGGGAAGUUUUGUGAGGGCGCCAUUCAGGGUGCCAAAGCUGUAGCCGCUGUAGAGGGAGAGGCCAGACCCCGUAAGGACCCAGUGAAACUCAAGUUCCCAAAUGCGUACGGGGGGAAGAAGGAAGAGAACUUUGACAACUGGGAAGCCAGUGUCAACAAUUAUAUUUACUUGCAGCAUAUCCUAACAGAGGAGCAAGUCCUCGUGGCCUUCCAGGCCCUGAAGGACGAAGCGGCUAGCCUUACGUUGUAUUCGGGGGAAGACUGUAGGCUCUUCGGUGUCAGGCCAUUUUAGGCCUCAGUAGUAACCCCCAUUUUGGUAGUAGUAACCCCCAUUUUGGUAGGAGCUUUGGCGGCUAGUCUUAGCUGAGUAG